UGGCCAUAACACAUGUCACGUGACGGACAACCCACGACUCAGCGGAAUGGUGGCUUGAAAGUUAGUGCCCCUUUUUAUUAUUUAUAACAGACAUAUUGUAAUAUGCCUACAGUUAAUACAGACAACGGCGGCAUUUGAUGAGCCUCAAGCAGGAAAGAACUGCGAAAGUAUGAACUAUCAUAACUGGCGCUGCGGAGGAGCCACGAUCCCGGAGGAUGAGGGAUCGGUUUCUCAGGCUUUCUUAUGUCCGCAGGCGUCUGCUGACAAUAUGGAACUUACAUUUAAAAGUAAUGUGCAGUGCAGUACAAGUUCAAUUGAAUCUAAAUGGCAGCUUGCUGAGGCCCAGCAAACGUUAUGCAAUCUUGGAUUGCAUAAUUGUGAAUCAGAUGAGCAAGAACGAGCAACUGCCCAAGUGGGUUCUUCUGAGCUGAACCAAACAGUAGAGGAAUGGAGACAAAAAGAGAAUAUGUUGAGAUGGGAAGGAAAAUCAAGUUCACCUACGAGUGAAAUGUUAUUCAAGGAAGUGUUCAAUAAGAGCCUUAUUAACGUUCACAAUGGAAAUAGUACAAGAAGUGAAGAAACCAAAACUGAAGGUUUUGUGCAAAAAUAUGAAAGCCAGAUUCAGUAUUUUGGCAUGCUGCGGCGAUGGGAAGAUAGUCAGAGAUACCUCUCUGAUAAUCCUCACCUUGUUUGUGAUGAGACUACCAAUUAUUUAAUUCUCUGGUGUUUCCACUUGCAAGCAGAGAAGAAAGAAGCAUUGAUGGAUCAAGUGGCACACCAAGCUGUAGUGAUGCAGUUUAUUUUGGAAAUGGCUAAAAGCCACAAAGUUGACCCUAGGAGUUUCUUCAGAUACUUCUUCCAAAAAGCAAGAGAAAGAGAUGGAAGUUAUCUGGAAGCUUUUAAGAGUGAGUUGGACUCUUUUAAAUGGCGACUUAAGGAGAAUGAAUUGAAGGGCAGGCCAUCAAGUUUAGAAGAUCGGCAGCAGCUUGGCUAUGGUUGCUUGGAUUCAAAACAAGUCCUUAAUUCUCUACCAACAGUUGCAGAACACUAUGUAAGGAGCUGUGAAGGUGCAGGACUGUGGAUUUCUCCAGAGAGAGAUUUAAAAGCAAAAUCUAGUGAUGAAUCCAGAUGGAUGGAAACUUCGUAGCAGAAAAUUCUAUUUUGCAUUGUGUCAAAGAGAAAUUGUGAAAAAAUAUUUUUUUGCUAUUUUUUUAUUUUGAUUGGUAUGCACCUGUAUAAGUGCUGCACUUUAUAUUACUCAUACUGUAAACCUUGAAUACUGUAUCUUCUUGCUCUAAAAGAAGAGAUUAGUAAGGGCUGGACUGUGUGUUUCCAGUGAAAAUAUUAGCAGUAUGUUAUGUUCUUUGUGUACUGGUAGUAAUGGUCCAUUUACCCACCAAACCAACACAUGUGCAGUAUUCUCUUUAUUUUUUAUUUACAGGUAUUCGUCUGCUCUGUUGUAGUCUACUUUACAAAAAGAUUUGUUUUGUUUUUUAAGGAAGGUUUAAGGAAUGUUUUGUUUAGAAAUCUUUAUUUGAUUUUUGUCAUAAAUCUAAUCUGUAUUUUACUUUUAAAACAACAAGUUUUCAUUUUAGAAUAAAGACAGGUUGGCAAAGAAAAUAAUUAUUAUAAUAAUAAUGAUAAUUAUUACCCUAAGUUCUUGUCUAUAAGCCGCGGCUUAUCUAAGGAAAAAAGUUGUGAAAAUGAAAAAAUAGAAUAUCGGCUUAUACAUAAGUCCGGCUUAUACAUCCAUCGCGGGGGUUGCGUUCCAGAGCCACCCGCGAAAUAAGAAAAUCCGCGAAGUAGAAACCAUAUGUUUAUAUGGUUAUUUUUAUAUUGUCAUGCUUGGGUCACAGAUUUGCGCAGAAACACAGGAGGUUGUAGAGAAACAGGAACGUUAUUCAAACACUGCAAACAAACAUUUGUCUCUUUUUCAAAAGUUUAAACUGUGCUCCAUGACAAGACAGAGAUGACAGUUCCGUCUCACAAUUAAAAGAAUGCAAACAUAUCUUCCUCUUCAAAGGAGUGAAGCAAACAAAUCAAUAUGUCUGUUUGGCUUUUAAGUAUGCGAAGCACCGCGGCACAAAGCUGUUGAAGGCGGCAGCUCACACCCCCUCCGUCAGGAGCAGGAAGAGGGAGAGAGACAGAGACAGAGUUUGUUUUUCAGUCAAAAAUCAAUACGUGCCCUUCGAGCUUUUAAGUAUGUGAAGCACUGUGCAGCAUGUCUUUUCAGGAAUCAGCUUUACAAAAGAUAGCAACGUGAAGAUAAUCUUUCAGCAUUUUUAGACGACCGUCCGUAUGGUCUAGGUGUGCAAACAGCCCCCCUGCUCAAUCCCCAUACGUCAGGAUCACAGAUAGUCAGCGCAAGAGAGACAGAGAAAAGUAAGUUGGGUAGCUUCUCAGCCAUCUGCCAAUAGCAUCCCUUGUAUGAAAUCAACUGGGCAAACCAACUGAGGAAGCAUGUACCAGAAAUUAAAAGACCCAUUGUCCACAGAAAUCCGCGAACCAGCAAAAAAUCCGCGAUAUAUAUUUAAAUAUGCUUACAUAUAAAAUCACAAUUUAAAUGACCGCUACGCACGCGUGUUGACUCGGCGACGCCCAGAGCAGAAAGAACGCGCUCCGGCCGCUCCAACCGCGCCAUGCGGGGAGUGAGAGAGACGCCAAUAUCUCACACUCUCUCCCCCCUUAAAGAAAUUAAAUGGGUGCGAGUGAGACCACUGACCUCCCUCCCUUCUAUUAGUUAUAGGUUAUAGUACGUUCGGCUUAUCCAUGAGUCCGGCUUAUCUAUGAUACGAUUUUAUUUUAAAAAUUCGUAUGAUUUUUGGUCUCCGGCUUAUACAUGAGUCCGGCUUAUAGACAAGAACCUAGGGUAUAAUAAUAAUUAUGUAAAUUGUUCUUUUAAAGUAUAAAUGUAUAUUGGUGAAAUAAUAUAUCCUAGCAAAGUAUCACUUCCUAUCAUUUGAAGAAAUCUUAGUUUAAAUUUUCACAUAGAAAGGUAGAAUGCAUGUUUUUUUAUUUGCUAUUUCAUCAACAUAAAUGCCUUCAUGAAAUUCUG